GGUUAAGCAAGCAAAUAAUAGAAGUCUACACUGACUAGUGCCUACAUGCCCUGCAGCUGUCGUUUACCGUUGAGUUUUGUUGUUUGUUUUCUAAUCCAUAACCGUAACUAUUUAUCUAUUCAGUUCUAUUCCUUGGUUAGUUAUUGUCUAUUUUGAUGAAUCUGUAAUUAAAUUAAUAACAAGUUUAAAUUACGAAGGUUCAUUUUACAAGAUGAAAGUAAUUAUACUAAUAGCUAUGUUAGCUACUUCUACAUCUUAUGUAUACAAGCAGAAUGUAGAUUAUGAAGAAAUAUACAAUAUUUUUGAAUUAUCAGACUGCAUCGAAGGAUACCUUAUGGCUGGCUCAAUUAUUCAAAGUAAUACUGAAAAUGAGGCUUAUUCUUCAAGCACAAAAAGUCAAAACAUUGAGUUAUCAAUAAACAUAAAUGAUAAAGACAAAACUCCUAUGUGUUUAGUAAAUGAACUAGCUAGAUUCAAUAAGAUAAAACAUCAAUACAAAUUAACAAAUGAACAAGGACCUCCUCACAAAAAAAAGUUCACUGUUACUUUACAACUUGGUAAUGAAGAAUAUAAUGCAGAUGCAAUGAGUAUUAAAAAAGCUCAACAUGCUGCUGCAGCUUUAGCUUUAACUAAAACAAAUUACAAACAACCCCAGACUAAAAUGAAACUUAAAUUCUCUGAUAAUAUUACUCCAACUGUCGAGCUUAAUGCACUUGCCAUGAAGCGUGGUGAGCAAACAACUUAUACAAUUAUCGAAACGCCUCAAUAUGUGCCUACUCCGGCACCAUUAUACAAUGGUUUUAGACCUGACUUGUACUCACAUGCCAGGAGUGGAUCAUUUAAUAAUUAUACUAAUUUUGGCUCUAGAGGACCAAGAUGUAUGCCAUAUAUUCCAAAUUAUUAUAGUUCACGUUUUACAGUGUCACAGGUUUCAACUCCAUACAUAAAACCUGAAUUAAAAUCAGUUGGCCUUUAUAAAGUUAAACUUCAGAUUGGUAAACAUGAAUUUAUUGGCCAAGGUAAUACUAACCAAUCAGCAAGACAUGAUGCAGCAUUAAAAGCGCUGACACAAAUAAAAAAUGAAGAAAAAAAUGAAAAUAUUAAAGAAGUUCUAAAAUCUGGUGAUUCUAAGUCAGUUAUAUCACAAGUGUAUGAAGUUGCACUUAAAAUGAAAUUACCCAUUAAAUUUGAAGUGCUUAAAGAAGAUGGUUUGCCUCAUAUGAAAACUUAUGUUACUAAAUGUUCAGUUGGAUCUUAUAAUGCUACUGGGGAAGGUAAUGGGAAAAAGAUAUCUAAACGACGAGCUGCUGAAAAAAUGUUACAAACUCUUAAAGAAGCUAAUGAAUCAAUAUUGGAUGACAAUAGUACUUCUCCUACACUGCCUCUUCCUAAAAAUCGUUAUAAAAUGCCAAGGAAAAAAAAUAGAAACUUAAUAAAAGAAACCAAACAAAAUUCAGAAAAUGUUGAAUCAAUUAAUAAUAAUACAGAGGAUACAGAUCCAGUAGCAAAAUUAUAUAAAAUACAAGCACUUAAAAAAGCAAAAGAACCAUUAUAUACUUUUAAGGAUGAUAUUUUACUCCCAAAUCGUAGAAAAGAAUUUAUUUUUGAAGUGACAAUUGAUCAACAUACUGCAAUUGGAAAAGGACCAAAUAAAAAAGUUGCCAAACGCAAUGCUGCUGAAAAAUUAUUAAUUGAUAUGGGUUUGGAAAGCGAAUUAAAAGAACGUCCUAUCAAAAAUAAUGAUUCACCUUUAGAGAGUCAUGAAAAUAAAACUAACUUUGAUAGUCCUAAGAAAAAUGGCCGUCAAAUAGCUCCAGGUGUUCUACUUGUAUUACCUGAAACUUCAGUUGUAAAUAAACCAAAUGAAGAUGGUAUACCGUUAGUGUCAGUGGCGAGCAAUAUGGCUAGUGAUCUAUCUGUUACUAAUAUAAGACCUUCAAAACAGCUGGAUUAUUUUUCCAAAAUGCUUGGUUUUAAAGUGCAAUAUUCUGAUUUCCCUAAAGGAAAUCAUAAGGAUUAUCUUACUCUCGUCUCUUUGUCAACCAUUCCACCUCAAAUUUGUCAUGGAUCGGGUACAACAUUAGAACAGUCCCAAGAUGCUGCGGCCUUAAAUGCCAUUAGUUCAUUAAUCAACCUUAAUUUACAAGGAACUGAAUCAUCUGAUACAACUCAAAGACCAGUAAAUGGUUUUUCUAUCCAACAAAAUCAUUUUAAUAACAAACCUAUCACUAGACUUAGUUAAUGAUAACUUAAUGCCUAUUUUGUUAUAAUAAGAUAUCAUUAGUUAUACAUUUUAGUUGACUGGUAUAAACGUAGUUUAUCUUGAAAAUUUAUUUUUAAAAUUACGUAUAUAUUUAUAAUGUAAAACACAUUAAUUUUUAAGCUACGUUUUUGCCACUUAAACAUAGAUAAAGUUUGAUAUUUCUUUUAUUGUUAAUUAUAUUUUUUAUGUAUUGAAAAUCCAUCUAUAAAACUU